CGAAGCACGCCGAUCGAUCGACCAUGAACGCGAUGAACAACCUCCCGGCGUACCAGCAGCAAGAGCUGAUGAAGCACUUUGAAGAGAAGCAGCUUGAGGAGAGCUUGGCCAUGUACAACCGCGUCGUCGCCACGUGCUUUAACGAGUGCGUCCAGUCGUUCCGCUCCAAGAAGCUCGACGACAAGGAAGAGGGCUGCAUCAACAAGUGCACGGAAAAGUUCGUCAAGCACACGCAGCGGGUCGCGACGCGCUUCCAGGAGGCGCAGGCCGCGGCCAUGGAAGGCCAAUAAGUAGACUAAUGCAGACCCGCCCUGCACCGCCUUUCCCACUUUGCAC